AUGCAGAAUCCGCUAAGCCACGCCCAAAUAGCUCAAUCAGAUUCAAAAUGCGCUACUUGCUUAGCCAACGAGCGUCUGUUGUGUAACCAGUUUAUCACAUCUUUUUGUCGUAUAUACACUGAGAGGGAGUCCACUGGGACCUCCAAGCUGUCCCAGUUCUUUUGGCGCUUCUUUCGAUUACGUUGUAAACGUGCUAGCGCUUCUUCUGUACGCCAGUUUUCAGAAAUCAUCAGUACUGGAUAUCAUUUCUAUGAUAAAUCAAAGCAGAGAAGUGAAGAUAACUGGCCAGCUCAUCUAUAA